AUGUCGUCGAACCGCCCAGAAGGCGUCACAGAAGAAAUGGACGUAUCGAGUGGACCUGAAAGUGAAAUCGCCUCAGAUCCUAAUGACUCGGACACAACUUUGAAUAAGCCAAAUUUGUCUUCUGCCACCACACGCAAGCCACCUUCGAAGUUGAAGUCCGGACUGAUAAAACGGAAAGAAAAGCGUCGAGAUGCUAGAGGAAAAGAGCUAAGGCCUUCGUACCCGGUAUGUAGUCAGAGUUCCUCUUCUCCGCAGUCAGCUGAGCCGGUUUUCGAGGAAUGUGUCCUACGAGGUACUCCCCAUAUCGAAUUGAACCUCUCCAGCACUGUCAAAGAUCUAAGUGAGACCGAUGAUGGACAUUUGGUUUCCGGGUUCGGUGUGUUUUCGAGAGCCAUUGGAUCCGCAGAAUCUGCUCCUGCACUGCUGUUAGAAACGCCUUCAACAGACGCCGUUCCCGUUCACCAUGUUCCAAUACUCCCAAGCGAGACUCCCUCUCAUCCACUUGAGAUUAAUGACGAGCCUCCGAAACCUCCGCCUCUAACUCCGGACGCCCUAUGGGCUGGGAAGGCCUCGCAGGCAGAUUUGGCAAACAAUCCGGUCUUUAGCAAAAAUCCUGGCCGUGGGACUCCUUCUUCGCGCCUCUAUGUGAAAAAUCUUCAUAAGAAGACAACCGAAGAAGACCUCUGGUUGGUUUUUGGUUCCUUCAGCCAACUGGCACAACAAGGCGCCUCAAACCAGUUCUCUAUUCAGCUGCUUACUGGCGGUAGAAUGAAGGGCCAGGCGUUUAUCGGCUUUGAUUCUAUCGAACUGGCCACCCAGGCGCUGGAGGCCGCUCACGGUUACCUUCUAAACGGGAAGCCAAUGCACGUCCAAUUUGCACGCGGUGCUAUUGCCAAACCAGAUCCCAAAAGCUUCAUAAUUAGUGGCGAUUGA